AUGGCCGUGUCUGCGAGAGCCUCCCGCGCUCUGCUGUUCAUGCACCAUUGCCGGCGCUCGUGCCUAGUCCCGAUAACCAGCCGCCAUUCUUCGACCGACGCUGCUUCCUCUCCGUCGCCCUACGCACCCUCAAACUUCACCCGCCAUGCACCACCUCCCCCAGCGGCAUCGUUGUCCAAACCGGACACAUCCUACGACAAUGCCUUCCCAUCGCCUUCCUCCUCCUCCGUUCUCUCCUCCCUCCCCACCCCACGACCGCUCUACGCCCACCCGAGAUCCCGCUCCCCGCCCUCACCACCACCGCCCGUCGAAAUCCCCGGCACCCGACUGACGCCCUACACGUGGUUCCUCUCCCUGCUGGGCAUCGCGCCCAAGCCGUCGGCGUCGUACCAGCCCGCGCCUUUCCGCGUGACUAACAACCCGUACCGUGCGCGCAAGAAGUGGCCCCCCGACUUCCGCAACCUCGACCCCAAGCAGCAAUUCCACUUCGAGAAGACGUACCGGAGGAGAGCCGCCCUGAAGUGGGCGCGCCCCAGGUGGAACAAGGCCAUCAAGUUGCUGCAGCAGACGCUGAUCACCGCGACCCUCAUCUACUUCAUCUUCAUCUGCGAGCCGAGUCACGGCAUGGGCACGCCGUUUGACGGGUUUCGUAUAUGGUUCUUCGACAAGUUGGGCAAUUUGGGUCAGUUGCCUGAAUCUACUAGAGAAGAGGCGGACAAGUUGAGCGAGGAAGCGAAGAAGAAGAUGAAGCACCCUGUUGAAACUUCUCCUACAACCGCGACGUCUUGA